AUGCCUACAUCAUUCGAUGCUGAACACGGACGUUUACGUGAAGAUUCUGCUCGGGAAAGUAAUUGGAAAAGAUGGGGACCAUAUUUAGCUGAACGACAAUGGGGUACUGUUCGUGAAGAUUAUUCUGAUACGGGUGAUUGUUGGACAUAUUUUCCGCAUGAUCAUGCACGAUCACGUGCUUAUCGUUGGGGUGAAGAUGGUCUUUUAGGUUUUACUGAUCGUGAAUGUCGUUUAUGUUUUUCAUUAUCAUUAUGGAAUGAAAAAGAUUCUAUACUUAAAGAACGUUUAUUUGGUUUAACUGGACCUGAAGGAAAUCAUGGUGAAGAUGUUAAAGAACUUUAUUAUUAUCUUGAUUCAACGCCAACACAUUCUUAUUUUAAAAGUCUUUAUAAAUAUCCACAAAAUGAAUAUCCAUAUCAACAAUUAAUUGAAGAAAAUCGUUCUCGUUCAAAAGAAGAACGUGAAUAUGAAUUACUCGAUACAAAACUAUUUGAUAAUAAUGAAUAUUUCGAUAUCUCAGCUGAAUAUGCAAAAAAUUCUCCGGAUGAUAUUCUCAUUCGAAUUAAAAUUGAAAAUCGUUCAUCAAAUGAUGCACCAUUACAUCUUAUUCCAACAUUAUUUUUUCGUAAUACAUGGUCAUGGGGUUGUAAACAUGAAGGUUGUACAAUGCGUCCAAAUAUUGAACAAAAAGAUAAUGAAAAUUUUCUACGUACAAAACAUGAUACACUUGAGCCAUUUCUAUUCGAUAUUAAUACCGAUGAAAAUCAACAAAUGCCUGAAGUACUUUUUACAGAAAAUGAAACAAAUGUUCAACGGUUAUAUAAUAUCGAUAAUCCUAAACCAUAUGUUAAAGAUGCAUUUAAUGAAUAUAUUAUAAAUAAACAAAAAGAUCUUGUUAAUCCAAAACGACGUGGUACAAAAGUUGGAUUAUAUUAUCGUUUGAAUGUUAAAGCUAAAUCAUCGGCAACAAUUCGUCUUCGAUUAUAUCGUUUAUUAGAUGAUGGAAAAAUUCCAGCUAAACUUGAUUUUAAAUCUAUUGAUGAAAUAUUUGAAAAACGAAUUAAUGAAACUGAAGAAUUUUAUUCGGCGACAAUUAAUUCGAAAUUAAAUCAAGAUGAAAGAAAUAUUGUUCGACAAGCUUAUGCUGGUCUUUUACAUUCAAAACAAUUUUAUCAUUAUAUAAUCGACGAAUGGAUUGAUGGUGAUAGUGAUAUAAUGAGUGCAUCAGAAGCUCGUAAAAAAAAUAUUAGAAAUAAAGAUUGGUUACAUUUAUACUGUCGAGAUAUAAUAUCAAUGCCUGAUAAAUGGGAAUAUCCAUGGUUUGCUAGUUGGGAUUUAGCAUUUCAUGUUGUUCCAUUUGCACAUAUUGAUCCUCAUUUUGCUAAAACACAAUUAAGAUUAUUUUUACGUGAAUGGUAUAUGCAUCCAAAUGGACAAAUUCCAGCAUAUGAAUUUAAUUUUGGUGAUGUUAAUCCACCAGUUGGUGCUUGGGCAGCAUGGCGAAUAUAUAAAAUGUCGACGGAUAAAAAAGAAGAGCGUGAUCGAUCAUUUCUUGAAAGUGUUUUUCUUAAAUAUUUAAUGAAUUUUACUUGGUGGGUUAAUCGUAAAGAUCCGGAUAAUCAAAAUUUAUUUGCUGGUGGUUUUCUUGGUCUUGAUAAUAUCGGUGUAUUUGAUCGUUCUGCAAAAUUACCUGAAGGUGGUACAAUGCAUCAAUCAGAUGGUACAUCAUGGAUGUGUUUCUAUAGUUUAACAAUGUUUGCUAUUGCAAUUGAAUUAGCUGGUGGUGUCAAUGGUUCACCUGUUAUUGAAGCAUAUGAAGAUAUGGCAUCGAAAUUUUUCGAGCAUUUUGUUCAAAUUGUUGAUGCAAUGAAUGUUCAUGGUGGUACAGGUUUAUGGGAUGAAGAAGAUGGGUUCUAUUAUGAUCAAGUAAAGUGUGGUAAAACAGAUGAGAUUACUAUAUUGAAAUCACGUUCAUUAGUUGGUGUAAUGCCAUUAAUUGCUGUUUCUGUUCUUGAAGUUGAAAGAAUCGAGAAUUUACCAGGUUUUAAAAAACGUUUAGAUUGGUUUUUAAAAUAUAAACCUAGUCUUCGACAACAUAUGACUCAUCGAAAAUCAACUAAACAUGAUAGUAGUGAAGCUUAUUUACUUGCAAUACCAUCAGAAGAUCGUCUUCGUCGCAUGCUUGCAUAUAUAUUAGAUGAAAAUGAAUUUCUUUCUGAGUAUGGUUUACGUUCAUUAUCAAAAUAUCAUGACAAACAUCCAUAUGUAUUUCAUGGAUGUCAUCAAGAAGAUCAAUGUGUCAGUUAUUCACCAGGUGAAUCAAAAACGGGCAUGUUCGGAGGAAAUUCUAAUUGGCGUGGUCCAAUAUGGUUAUGUAUUAAUUAUUUAGUUAUUGAAGCACUUGAACGUUAUCAUCGUUCGUAUGGUGAUGAAUGGAAAAUCGAAUGUCCAACCGGAAGUGGAAAAUUAAUGAAUUUAAAAGAAGUAUCACAAGAACUUGCUAGACGUUUAGUGAAAAUAUUUCUAUUAGAUGAAAAUGGUAAACGACCAUGCAAUGGUGAUGAUAAGAUUUAUGAAACGGAUCCAAAUUUUCGUGAUCUAGUACUUUUUUAUGAAUAUUUUCAUGGUUGUACAGGACGUGGAUUAGGUGCUAGUCAUCAAACAGGUUGGACAGCAUUAAUUAUUCAACAUAUUGAAGAUAUUGCAAAAUUACGUAAAGAUUAA